AUGGAUUAUGUUGUUGAAAGAUUUCAUGGACGAUCACUUGCUUUAGCUCAUUCACAAGAAGAAAUUGAAGAAUUAGAUUUAAGAGAUAGUAAUGAAAAAAUAAACGAUGAAAGAAAAUUUGUUCGACGUGGCACAUAUCGUCUUCGCAAAAAUCGAUUGACACCAAAUAUUUUUCAACCAGAUGAAGCAUUACAAACAUUAACAGAAUCAACAAUAAAUAAACAAAGAUUAAUUGAAGAAGUAACGCGAAAAGUUAAAGAAGCUGAAAGUAAAGCACAAGAUCUUAGUAUUAAUAUUCAAUUAAAAGAACAAUUAAUAAAAAGUGUUUAUGCAUCAACUAAAGAUGUCAAAGACACAAAUGAACAAUACGAACAACAUAUUAAAACGUUAGAAAAAGAAGUAGAUAAAGCUAAACAUGAAUAUCAGGAUUUACAAAAAACAAUGCAACAAAUAGCAACGAAAAAUACAAGUGAAAAAUCUAAAUUAGAAAGUGAAUAUCGAAAAAAAUGCGAUAUGGCUAAAGCUCGUCUUGAAUCAUUACAACAAAAAGAAAAACAAUAUCGAGAACUCAUGAAUAAAUUAUCAGGCAAUAGCGAAAAGAGAAUUGCUGAUCUUCAAGCGGCUCUCUUUCGUAUGAAACAACAACAUGAAACAGCUCAAAAACGUAUACGUGAAGAAACGGAAUUAAAAAAUAAAUUUGAACAAGAUCUUGUACGUGAACAACAACGUAUACAAGAAUUAACAAUUCAAAAUGAACAGCAACAAAAAAUUUUAAAAUUAAAAACUGAAGGUCUUGUAGCUGCACAACGAAAAUUACGUGGUGCUCCUAAUGGAAAUAUCAAUGACGGAACAACAACAACGAUGACCACAACAUCAAAUUUUGAAGUUGAAAUGGAAAAAUUAGUGGCGGAAAGAAAAGAAUUAGAAACAUUAAGAGAUGAUGUUCAAAAACGUGAAGAACUUAUUCAAAAACGAGAAUUAUUACUUAAUGAACGUACAGAACUUGAAACAAAAAAAAUGCGUACAAGUCAAGUAUUAAAUAAGAGUUUAAAAUCAGUUAAUGAAAAAUUAAAAACUGUUGAUAAACAACAACCAAAUCAUCAAAUGAUACGUGAACAAUUACUUAAACAAAAACGUUUAUUUACUGAACGUUUAGAACAACAAGAUAGUGUAUUAACACCAUCAGAAGAAAGACGUUUAAUUGAAAUUGAUGAAGCUAUUGAAGCUAUUGAUUUAGCUAUUGAUUAUCAAAAUAAUAUUAUUAAUAAACGAGAACGUGAUGUUCAACAAUCUAUUCGAGCAAGUCAGGGUUCGGAUUCUCCUCUUUUUAAAAUAGGACAAUUAAGUGAAAAUGAAUCUAAAGAACUUUGUCGUAAAUUAUUUGAAAAAGUCAUUGAUCUUAAAGAAGAAGAUAAUAAAAAUCGUCGUGAAUUUGACGAAAUAAAAUCUCAAUUACUUGAACAAACUGAAAUAAUAACUGAAUUACAAUCACGUAUUCAAACAUUAACACUUGAUCAUGAUCGUCGUUUAACAUCUAUUCAACAAGCACAUGAAGAAGAAAAACAAUUAUUACUUGGACAAUUACAAGAAUCAUCAACUCAAAUGAAAGAUCUUGAAAGAGAUUUAUAUUUUUAUAAACAUAAAACAAGAGAAUUACGCAAAUCUAUGGCAACAUCAACAACAAGUGCACUUGAUACAUCAACGUCAUCAACAACAGGUGUUACACGACGAAAAGAAUUAAAUCAAAAUGAAGAUGAUUUUCCAACACAACUACCAACACCAAGAACAGCUGUACAACAACAUCAACCUGCACCAUUUCUUCUUAAAAUAGGUAAUCGAAGUAAUUCAGCACAUCAAAUACAACAAGAUGAAAUUAAAAAACGAUAG